CUUUACAAUCAUCAUCUUCCUCUCUCAUGGUUGUGCACAUGACUGUGAAUGGUUGAUUUUCAAUUGGCAUAUAUGGAUGUUUGGACCUCUGAGUAUUUUGUGUGACAUUGUGGAAAUCCAGUAGCUGUUUCCUGGCUUGAUGUGGAGGGACAAAGGCUGAUUCUCCUCCUAAUCUUUCAACUAAGAAGAGAAAGAAGACUGAACAGGAUCAUUUUUUGGAGCCAAUUCACAGAUUUUUCUUUUUCUGCAUUUUCAGUUGAGGAGUUCAGAUUAACACUAAUUUGGAUGUGGAUUUCUUUGGAAUACAGAUAUCAGACAGCAUACACAGCUUAAUGCUUAUUUCUUUUUAUAAAUUCAUACAGUAACUCACUGUUUUUUGGCAUCUGCAAAGGUUAAGAGUAGAUGUGGUACAAUUUUGGUGGGACAUAGAGAGGUAGAAAGGUGAAGUCAUGGCCCAUGCUGCGGCCCACCUGAAGAAAGCACGCGAGUUUGAGGCAAAUCCAGAGUACAGUGCUCUACAGAAAGCCAGGGAGAGGAGGAGACGGCAUCGUGAGAGAGCUGAGCGAAAGCGGCAGUCUGACAGUAACACCAGUUUCCUGCGGGCUGCCAGAGCGGGGAACAUUGACAAAGUCCUUGACUUCCUGAAAAAUGGAGUAGACAUAGGCACCAGUAACCAGAAUGGUCUGAACGCCCUACAUCUGGCAGCGAAGGAGGGACACAAGGAUUUAGUGGAGGAACUGUUGGAGAGAGGAGCACCUGUUGACUCUUCCACCAAGAAAGGAAACACUGCCCUCCAUAUUGCCUCACUGGCUGGACAAAAUGAAGUAGUCAGACUACUGGUGAAGAGAGGAGCAGAUGUCAACUCUCAGUCACAGAAUGGCUUCACUCCACUCUACAUGGCAGCCCAAGAGAAUCAUUUGGAGGUGGUGCGAUACAUGUUGGAAAAUGAAGGGAACCAAAGCAUUGCAACAGAGGAUGGCUUUACGCCACUGGCCAUCGCUCUCCAGCAGGGCCACAACGCAGUGGUCUCCCUGCUAUUGGAACACGACACGAAGGGUAAGGUCCGCCUUCCAGCCCUGCACAUCGCAGCCCGCAAAGACGACACAAAGUCUGCCGCACUGCUGCUCCAGAAUGACCACAACGCUGACGUCCAGUCUAAGAUGAUGGUCAAUAGAACUACGGAGAAUGGGAAGAGUGGGUUUACCCCUCUGCACAUCGCGGCUCACUAUGGUAACGUGAAUGUCUCCACCCUGUUGCUGAACAGAGGAGCCGCUGUGGACUUCACAGCCAGGAAUGGGAUAACGCCUCUCCAUGUGGCCUCCAAGAGAGGCAACACCAACAUGGUGGCCCUGCUGUUGGACCGAGGGGCUCAGAUAGAUGCUAAAACCAGGGAUGGGCUGACCCCCCUGCACUGUGCAGCCAGGAGUGGUCAUGACCCAGCACUUGAAAUCCUGCUGGAGAGAGGAGCUCCCAUCUUAGCCAGAACCAAGAACGGACUGUCCCCACUGCAUAUGUCAGCCCAGGGAGACCACAUAGAGUGUGUUAAACUCCUGCUGCAGUACAAGGCGCCUGUUGAUGAUGUCACACUGGACUACCUCACAGCGCUGCACGUCGCAGCUCACUGCGGCCACUACAGAGUCACCAAGCUUCUGCUGGACAAGAAGGCCAAUCCCAAUGUCAGAGCAUUGAACGGUUUCACUCCUCUCCAUAUCGCUUGUAAGAAGAACAGGGUGAAGGUGAUGGAACUGUUGGUCAAAUAUGGAGCCUCCAUCCAGGCCAUUACUGAGUCUGGUCUGACUCCCAUCCAUGUAGCUGCCUUCAUGGGCCACCUCAACAUCGUUUUACUUCUGCUGCAGAAUGGAGCAUCUCCUGACGUCCGUAACAUUCGUGGUGAGACAGCUCUCCACAUGGCAGCACGAGCAGGUCAGAUGGAAGUGGUUCGCUGUUUGCUGAGGAAUGGAGCAUUGGUUGAUGCUAUAGCCAGGGAGGACCAGACUCCCCUCCACAUUUCGUCCCGUUUGGGGAAAACUGACAUUGUCCAGUUGCUGCUGCAGCACAUGGCUCAUCCAGAUGCUGCCACCACCAACGGCUACACUCCCCUCCAUAUUUCGGCCAGGGAGGGCCAGGUAGAGACUGCUGCCGUGCUGCUGGAGGCCGGAGCCUCACACUCACUGGCCACGAAGAAAGGAUUCACUCCGUUACAUGUAGCAGCUAAGUAUGGAAGCCUCGAUGUAGCAAAACUUCUCCUUCAACGCAAAGCUCUCCCUGAUGAUGCUGGCAAGAAUGGCCUGACUCCGCUGCAUGUGGCUGCUCAUUAUGACAACCAAGAAGUAGCUCUGCUGCUGCUGGAUAAAGGGGCAUCGCCUUAUGCUACUGCAAAGAAUGGCUACACUCCUCUCCACAUUGCAGCCAAAAAGAACCAGACGAACAUCGCAUUAGCACUGCUGCAGUAUGGAGCAGAGACCAACGUUCUGACCAAGCAGGGAGUCAGCCCUCUACACCUGGCAGUCCAGGAAGGGCACGCUGAGAUGGCCAGCCUGCUGCUGGGCAAAGGAGCUCACGUCAACACAGCCACCAAGACCGGACUGACGCCUCUGCAUCUCGCAGCCCAAGAAGACAGAGUCAAUGCAGCAGAAGUAGUGGCCAAGCAUGAUGCCAACUUGGAUCAGCAAACUAAGCUCGGGUACACCCCUCUCAUAGUGGCAUGUCACUAUGGCAAUGCCAAGAUGGUGAACUUCCUGUUACAGCAAGGUGCCAGCGUCAACGCCAAAACCAAGAAUGGAUACACACCCCUUCAUCAGGCAGCACAACAAGGGAAUACACAUAUUAUCAAUAUGUUGCUACAACAUGGUGCCAAUCCCAAUGCUACUACAGUGAAUGGAAACACUGCUCUGUCUAUUGCCAGACGUCUGGGUUACAUCUCUGUAGUGGACACACUGAAAGUCGUCACUGAGGAGGUCAUCACUACCACAACGACGGUCACAGAGAAACACAAGCUCAAUGUUCCUGAGACCAUGACUGAGAUCCUUGAUGUGUCUGAUGAAGAAGGUGAGGACACUAUGACAGGUGAUGGAGGAGAGUAUCUGAGAGCGGAGGAUCUCAGAGAGCUGGGAGAUGACUCUCUGCCAGGACACUACCUGGACGGCUUCAGCUACAUGAGCCACAACCUGGACAGGCCGCAGCACACUCCCAUUCACCAAAGUUUCCAUCAGAAAGAGGGAGUUCUCAUCGAAGACAUGCUUACAAGCCACCAGGUGUCAGCACUGUCUAGAGAGCACGAUAAGGACUCGUUCCGUCUGAGCUGGGGUGCUGAGCACCUUGAUAAUGUGGUGCUAUCCUCCAGUCUGCUACAUUCUGGCCGUUCCUCUCCGUGCCUAGACCAUGACAACAGCAGCUUCCUGGUCAGCUUCAUGGUAGAUGCCAGGGGCGGGGCCAUGCGUGGUUGCCGUCACAAUGGCCUGCGAAUCAUUGUGCCACCAAGAAAGUGUUCUGCACCAACACGGGUGACAUGCAGGCUGGUGAAGAGACACCGUCUGGCCUCUAUGCCCCCUAUGGUGGAGGGUGAGGGGCUGGCUGGUCGCAUCAUUGAAGUGGGACCCACUGGAGCCCAGUUCCUGGGUAAGCUCCACCUUCCCACAGCUCCACCCCCUCUAAAUGAGGGUGAGAGCCUGGUCAGUCGCAUCCUGCAGCUGGGUCCUCCAGGAACCAAGUUCCUCGGGCCUGUAAUUGUGGAGAUCCCCCAUUUUGCAGCCCUACGGGGAACAGAGCGAGAGCUAGUGAUCUUGAGAAGUGAGACAGGAGAGAGCUGGAGGGAACACCACUGUGACUUCACUGAAGAGGAACUAAACCAGAUACUUAACGGCAUGGAUGAAAAACUUGAUUCCCCAGAGGAGCUUGAAAAGAAAAGAAUAUGCCGCAUCAUCACCCGAGACUUCCCACAGUAUUUUGCGGUGGUGUCACGCAUUAAGCAGGACAGUCAUUUGAUUGGACCAGAGGGCGGGGUACUCAGUAGCACUCUUGUGCCCCAGGUCCAGGCUGUCUUCCCUGAAGGAGCCCUCACCAAGAAGAUCAGAGUUGGGCUACAGGCUCAGCCCAUUGAUGUUGAGGUGGUAAGAAAGGUUCUUGGUAACAAAGCCACAUUCAGCUCAAUUGUCACAUUGGAGCCAAGAAGGAGGAAGUUCCACAAACCAAUCACCAUGACAAUCCCUAUUCCCAAGAGCUCUAAUAGUGACGGGUCAAGCGGAGUGUACAGUGGGGAGACCCCCACCUUACGUUUGCUUUGCAGCAUUACAGGUGGAACUACUCCUGCCCAAUGGGAGGACAUUACUGGCUCCACGCCUCUCACCUUUGUUAACCAAUGUGUGUCCUUCACUACAAACGUGUCAGCGAGGUUCUGGCUGAUAGACUGCAGACAGAUCCAGGAGUCUGUUAGUUUUGGCUCUCAGCUGUACAGAGAGAUCAUCUGUGUUCCAUACAUGGCCAAGUUUGUCAUUUUUGCUAAGACACUUGACCCCAUUGAGGCCCGUCUGCGCUGUUUCUGCAUGACGGACGACAAGAUGGACAAGACCCUAGAGCAACAAGAGAACUUCACUGAAGUUGCCCGUAGCCGAGAUGUUGAGGUGCUGGAGGGAAAACCCAUAUUUGCUGACUGCUUUGGAAACCUGGUGCCUCUUACCAAAAGUGGACAGCACCAUGUGUUCAGCUUUUUUGCCUUCAAAGAGAACAGACUGGCCCUCUUCAUCAAAAUCAGAGACACAGCACAAGAGCCAUGUGGUCGCUUGUCCUUCACCAAAGAACCACGCACGUAUCGUGCUCUUAACCACAAUGCUAUCUGCAACCUUAACAUCACUCUACCAACAUACUUAAAGGAGUCUGAUUCAGACCAAGAUGCAGAUGAUGAGAGUGAGAGGAGUGACAAGAAAUAUGAUGAGUCUGAAUCAACUGAGACAUUCUCCCUGAGAACUAACCAACCUCUUGACCCAGCAACACUUGCAAGCCCGGACCUUCUCUCAGACAUGUCGGAUGUCAAAAUGUCUGCUAUUUUGAAUGCAGAGCAAAUGGAGCACUUAAUAUAUGCAGAGAGAGCUGGAGCAAGAGGGUUGGAGGAAAACGAGCCUUUGGCCGUUAUGUUCAAAGACAAGCUGGAAAAGGUUGGAGGGAUUCAAAGAGGUGGCAUAAAUGAUAUUAGACAGGAAGUGCAACAAGAUGAUGCUAAAAAAGAGAUAUGGGGUUCACUCUAUGAGACUAAGACUGCUGAAAUGAAGAAUCCUCCUGUCGAAGAGCCUGUCUUACAGGAGAUUUGCAUUCAGGGGAAGACUUCAAGUAGGUCUGCCAUAGAGUUCCGAGACAUGACAGGCCUGGUCUCACAUCUUAGCAUCGACAUGGACCAAUACCUGGAACAGAGACCCCUAGUGACAAGUGGUUCUCUAGAAGACCUUGUCCAAGAUAGAUUUGAACAGGUUAUUGUAAAGCGUGAUGGCAAACGGCGCCCCCCAGAUAUCAAGAAACCUAUUAGGAAGAAACUUAGAGAUAGAGAACGUUCUGGGUGUAGCAGCUCUGAGGGUGAGCUGGAAAGGAUGAGCUCUGAGGAGUCGUUAGAUGGAAAUGUUGUUCUUAAGGAAAGUGCCCUUGUACCCUCCACAGAUAAGGAUCCUCCAGCUUCUCCAUCAGUGGUUGAGACACCAAUAGGAUCAAUAAAGGACAGAGUUAAAGCUUUACAGAACAAAUUCGAAGAGGAGGAGGUCCAAAAAAAUACCCAGGAACUAAUUCCUCAGUCAAAAUCUUCUAUCGCCACAAGGAAAAAUGAGGCAGACAUGCCAGAACUUCCCAGAGUUCCCAAGUCCCCUAAAUCCCCCAGAUCUCAGACUGAGAGAUUAGAGGAGACUAUGUCUGUUAAGGAACUGAUGAAUGCAUUUCAGACUGGACAGGACCCUUCGAAGAAUAAAGCUGGACUUUUUGAGCACAAAGCAGUGGCUUCUUCUUGUAUCUCAACAUUGAUAUUUGAAUCAGAAGAUUCUAAUCAGAUACACAGGACAGAACAAAGUCCUAUGGAGGAGCCGAAAUCACAAACCAAAACUCAGAGACUCACAACUUUCUAUCAAGAGAGUGGUGUCAAGCAGUGGGACAAAACAGACCCAACUGUAAGCUUUAUUAGAGAUAACUCUGAGGAAUCACAGUUCAUUUCAAAUAGUACUUCUUUUGGAAAGACAGUAAAAUUUGCUGAUACAAUUCGAUGUGACGAUGGAAGUGUUAGCCCACAUCGAGAGGCAUCAGAGUUGUCAGAGAAGGAAACUAUGUCUGUGAAGGAGCUGAUGAAAACAUUCCAGACUGGGCAUGAUCCCUCAAAAACCAAAGCGGGGCCUUUUGAACACAAAGUUGUGACUUCUUGCAUUUCAACAUUGAUAUCUGAAUCAGGAGAUUCUGAAGAGAUACAGAUGACUGAACAAGAUGUUACACAGGAGCCAAAAUCACAAACCCAAACUCAAAAUCUCACAAUUUUCCACCAACAGAGUGAUUUCAAGAAAUGUUACACAACAGACUUAGAGGAUCAACCAGUAAGCUUAAUUAGAGAUAACUCUGAGGAAUCACAGUUUGUUUCAGAUAGUGCUUCUUUUGGAAAGACAGUUAAAUUUGCUGAUGCAGUUCAGUGUGACGAUGGAAGCAUUAGCCCAGAGAGAGAAGCACGAGAGUUGCCCGAGAAGGAGACUAUGUCUGUUAAGGAGCUGAUGAAAGCAUUCCAGAUUGGGCAUGAUCCCUCAAAAACUAAAGCUGGGCUUUAUGAACAUAAAGCUGUGGCUUCUUGCAUUUCAACAUUGACAUCUGAAUCAAGAGAUUCUGAAAUACAAAGGACUGAACAAAGUCCUAUUCAGGAGCCAAAAUCACAAACCCAAACUCAGAGCCUCAAAACUUUCCAUCAACAGAGUGUUGUCAAGAAAUAUGACAAAACAGACUUAGAGAAUCAACCAGUAAGCUCAAACAGAGAUUACUCUGAGGAAUCAAAGUUCAUUUUAGAUGCUUCUUUUGGAAAGACAGUAAAAUUUGCAGAUACAAUUCAAUGUGACGAUGGAAGUGUUAUCCCACAGACAAGAGCAUCAGAGUUGUCAGAGAAAGAGACUAUGUCUGUUAAGGAGCGGAUGAAAGCAUUCCAGACUGGGCAGGACCCUUUGAAAAGUAAAGCUGACCUGGGUGAACACAAAGCCAUUGCUUCAUCUUCUAUUCCAACACGAAUAUCUACAUCGGUAGGUCCUGAAGAGAUUCAGAUGACUGAAGACAGUCCCACACAGGAGCAAAAAUUACAAUCCCAAAUACAGAAUAUCACAAUUUUCCAUCCCCAAAGUGAUGUGGACGAAUGUGGAAAAUUGGAUUUGGAGGCACAAACAGUAUUCUUAAGGAGAGAUAACUCGGUGGAAUUACAGCUAAUUUCAGAUAUUGCUUAUUUUGGAGAGACAGUAGAAAUUGAUGAUCAGUUUGAUGAUGGAAGGGUUAGCCCUGAGAGAGAAGAGCCAGACUUGUCAGGGAGAAGCCAGGGCAGGAUGCAGUUAGGAGAACCAGUCAUAAGCACUGGUAGGAGUUUAUCUGAAGACACACAGAUCAGUCCUGAUCGCAGACAUUCUGAGGACUUCAGUGCUGAUAUAAAGGCUGAGCUGGAAGAAAGUCCAGAGUAUCAGCUUUUCAAGCAGACAUCAACAGCUGAAGAUGUAAGUGAUCAGCUGGAGGCACUUGAGGAGGAAACCUUGGCUGAUUCUGAUACAAAUCCAGCAUCCAUCUCAAGUCCCUGUGUGAAAAGUUAUUUUGGGGAAGGUGUUUCUCCUAUUGAGAAUCAAAUGAAAGAUGAUGAUCUAAGUCCUGAGAGUCCCCAGCAUGAAGGUAUGGCUGAAUCCCCAAACACUAGUGUUGAUAUUAGGACCUCUUGUUCCAGCUCAGGGGAGAGCGGGAAUCAUGAAGGACUUGCAGUGACACAUAAAAUGACCAAUGAAAUGCUUACUUACUCCACUAAGAGUGAAGAAACAUACAUCAUACCUUCACAGGAGAAGAGGCUUCAUGGAGCAAGCAAAGAUAACACAACAAUUGAUUGUGAAAGCAAAAUAUUCUUUACACAAACUGACACUGAAGUCGAAAUCGAUGAGCCACAACUUCAAGAAGUCCAUAUUGAAAGGAACACAUCUAGCCAGGCAUCCACUGCAGUAAAAGAUAUGUCAGGAAUGUUGGCCUUAAUGAACAGUGACUUAGAUCAGUGUCUAAAAGCCAGGCCUGUGGCACAUCAGCCACAAGGAGAUGAUUUUGUUCAGGAAAAAUUUGAACAAACUAUUUUAUCCAUGGACAAAGAUAAAGAAAUUCUUGCAUUUGUCACUGAUGAAAAUAAAGGAGCAACAGUGGAUGGCACAAAACAAGAAAUAUAUCAAGCACCAAUGGGCGAACAUCCAAUUAUAUGGGAAGGUGAAGAAGUAAAGAGAGAAUUUAAAGAAGUAAAAGAUACGUCAGCUAUGUUGUCAGUUAUGAACAGUGACUUGGAUCAGUAUCUAGAGGCGAUGUCUGUGACUAGUCGAUCGAUAGAAGAGGAUGACGUGCAGGAGAAAUUUGAAAUGUUCACAUCUUUCACUUAUGAAAAUAAAGGAGUGACAGUGGAUGGCACAAUACAAGAAACAGAUUGUGAUACAGUGAAACAAAAGGUCACAAGGAGCGGUGAAGAAAUGGCAAGGGAAUUUAAAGAAACCCAAGCAACAUUGACUGAAGAACUCCCAAUGAAGGAAGAGUGGGUAGAGAGAAAGGCUUUAUAUCGGCCGUCUACAAAAGUAAAGGAGAUGUCAGGGAUGCUUUCACUGCUUAACAGUGACUUAGACAAGUACCUUGAGGACAGGCCAGUAAAAUGUAGGCAUCAAGAAGAGGACGUUUUCCAGGAGAAAUUUGAACAAGUUACUCUCACCAAAAUGCAAAAAUCCUGGAGUGAGGAGCAAACAAUUACAAUAUGUGAUGAAAUGCAAAUAACUUGUACUGGUGUGGAGGAUAAUAUAAGUGGAGAGACACAUGAACAGACUGCUGUGGUUGAACUCAAAGAACUUAAACCAAGUACUGUAUUGGAGACAUCAUUCCAAGACGUUUGCAUCGAGAGAAAGACACGCCAAGAACGGUCUACAACUGAGAGGGAUAUGUCAGGCAUGUCGUCACUUCUCAGUAGUGACCAAUAUCUCGAGGAAAAACCAGUGACAAUACACUGCCACCCAGAAGAAGAGGAUCUAGUCCAUGAGAGCUACAAACAAGUUCUUUUGACAAGUAGUAAAUCAGAUGAUAAAAUAGAUGUAGAGGCAAAUGAACACAUGCAGACCAACAUAGUUGGAAUCACAGAAUUGUCACCAAGUUCUGUAUUUGAGACACCAUUAGAAGAAGUUUGCAUCAAAAGAAAGACACAGCAACAACAGUCUGCAACUGAGAGGGACAUGACAGGCAUGUUGUCACUUCUCAGUAGUGAUUUGGAGCAAUAUCUUGAGGAAAAGCCAGUGGCAAUACAAUGCCUCCCAGAAGACGAUCUAGUCCAUGAGAGCUACAAACAAGUUAUUCUGACAAGUAGUAAUUUGGGAGAUAAGAUAGGUGUAGAGGCAAAUGAACACAUGCAGACAGACAUAGUUGGAGUUACAGAAUUGUCACCAAGUUCUGUAUUGGAAACACCAUUCCAAGAGGUUUGCAUUGAGAGAAAGACACAACAACAACAUCAACAGUCUGCAACUGAGAGGGAUAUGUCAGGCAUGUUGUCACUUCUCAGUAGUGAUUUGGACCAAUAUCUUGAGGAAAAGCCAGUGGCAAUACAAUGCCACCCAGAAGAGGAUCUAGUUCAUGAGAGCUACAAACAAGUUAUUUUGACAAGCAGUAAUUUGGAGGAUAAGAUACGUGCAAACGCAAACGACCACAUGCAGACCGACGUAGUUGGAAUCAUAGAAUUGUCACCAAGUUCUGUAUUGGAGACACCAUUCCAAGAAGUGUGCAUUGAGAGAAAGAUGCAGCAGCAACAACAACAGUCUGCAACUGAAAGGGAUUUGUCAGGAAUGUUGACGCUGCUGAGUUCUGACUUAAAUCAAUACUUAAAGGAAAAGCCAUUGGCAAUACAAUGCCAUCCAGAAGAGGAUCUAGUCCAUGAGAGCUACAAACAAGUUAUUCUGACAAGCAGUAAUUUGGAGGAUAAGAUAGGUGUAGAGGCAAAUGAACACAUGCAGACAGACGUAGUUGGAGUUACAGAAUUGUCAUCAAGUUCUGUAUUGGAGACACCAUUCCAAGAAGUUUGCAUUGAGAGAAAGACACAACAACCUCAACAGUCUGCAACUGAGAGGGAUAUGUCAGGCAUGUUGUCACUUCUCAGUAGUGACUUGGACCAAUAUCUUGAGGAAAAGCCAGUGGCAAUACAAUGCCACCCAGAAGAGGAUCUAGUCCAUGAGAGCUACAAACAAGUUAUUCUGACAAGUAGUAAUUUGGAAGAUAAUAUAGGUGUAGAGGCAAAUGAACACAUGCAGACAGACGUAGUUGGAGUUACAGAAUUGUCACCAAGUUCUGUAUUGGAGACACCAUUCCAAGAUGUUUGUAUUGAGAGAAAGACACAACAACAACAUCAACAGUCUGCAACUGAGAGGGAUAUGUCAGGCAUGUUGUCACUUCUCAGUAGUGACUUGGACCAAUAUCUUGAGGAAAAGCCAGUGGCAAUACAAGGUCACACAGAAGAGGAUCUAGUCCAUGAGAGCUACAAACAAGUUAUUUUGACAAGCAGUAAUUUGGAGGAUAAGAUAGGUGUAAACGCAAACGACCACUUGCAGACCGACGUAGUUGGAAUCACAGAAUUGUCACCAAGUUCUGUAUUGGAGACACCAUUCCAAGAAGUUUGCAUUGAGAGAAAGAUGCAGCAGCAACAACAACAGUCUGCAACUGAAAGGGAUUUGUCAGGAAUGUUGAAGCUGCUGAGUUCUGACUUAAAUCAAUACUUAAAGGAAAAGCCAGUGGCAAUACAAUGCCAUCCAGAAGAGGAUCUAGUCCAUGAGAGCUACAAACAAGUUAUUCAGACAAGCAGUAAUUUGGAGGAUAAGAUAGGUGUAGAGGCAAAUGAACACAUGCAGACAGACGUAGUUGGAGUUACAGAAUUGUCAUCAAGUUCUGUAUUGGAGACACCAUUCCAAGAAGUUUGCAUUGAGAGAAAGACACAACAACCUCAACAGUCUGCAACUGAGAGGGAUAUGUCAGGCAUGUUGUCACUUCUCAGUAGUGACUUGGACCAAUAUCUUGAGGAAAAGCCAGUGGCAAUACAAGGUCACCCAGAAGAGGAUCUAGUCCAUGAGAGCUACAAACAAGUUAUUCAGACAAGCAGUAAUUUGGAGGAUAAGAUAGGUGUAGAGGCAAAUGACCACAUACAGAUUGACGUAGUUGGAGUCACAGAAUUGUCACCAAGUUCUGUAUUGGAGAGACCAUUCCAAGAAGUUUGCAUCAAGAGAAAGACACAACAACCUCAACAGUCUGCAACUGAGAGGGAUAUGUCAGGCAUGUUGUCACUUCUCAGUAGUGACUUGGACCAAUAUCUUGAGGAAAAGCCAGUGGCAAUACAAGGUCACCCAGAAGAGGAUCUAGUCCAUGAGAGCUACAAACAAGUUAUUCAGACAAGCAGUAAUUUGGAGGAUAAGAUAGGUGUAGAGGCAAAUGACCACAUACAGAUUGACGUAGUUGGAGUCACAGAAUUGUCACCAAGUUCUGUAUUGGAGAGACCAUUCCAAGAAGUUUGCAUCAAGAGAAAGACACAACAACAGUCUUCAACUGAGAGGGACAUGACAGGCAUGUUGUCACUGCUCAGUACUGACUUAAAUCAAUAUUUAAAGGAAAAGCCAGUAGUGAUAAAAUGCCACCCAAAAGAGGAGGUACUCAAUGACAGCUACAAAGAAGUUAUAUUAACAAAAGACACUAAGAGAGAAACUCUUACAUUCUCCCCUGAACAGAAGAUGAUGUUACUAGAAGAUACACAUUUAGACUUUGUGGACCUCAAUAAAAAGGGAGAUUUGGAGAGUGGAUGGCAGACAUGUUCCCAUGAAGAUGAAGGACCCAAGAGUUGCUCAUCUAACGAGGGUGAGGAUAAAUCCUCACCAUGUGCAGCGUCACAUUUUAAUGACUCUACUGAAGGGGUGGUUUGCAUUACAAAGUCAUAUGUAACAGUGGAUGACUGUUACAAUGAUCAUAAAGAUGUUGAUGUAGUUGCUGCUCAUUCAAUUCUUAAGACACACACAUUUUUGCUACCAAGUAGUUCUGAGACAUCGCAACGACCGACCAAUUUGGAGAACCUAAACACUGUGGUUUUUGACCCAGCUAAAGAGCCAUGUCAUCAAGACUCACUAGAGGCAAGUCCUCUCAUGGAGGAUAUAUCUUCAAACAAAUCCCCUGAUUCAAUUGAGCCAAGCCCUACUGGAGAAUCCCCUAGUCCAGACUCUCUUGAAGGAAGUCCGACCCAAUCAAAGGACACAGAAUUUAACAUGCCAGCCAAGACAGCUGUGUACGAGGAUUAUGCCUCCCAGCUAAAAGCAUGUUAUUCUUAUGACAAACAUAUUUACAGGGAUGAAAGUGAGCAUGAAGAGCAAGAAAACAACUAUGAGUUCAACCAAAUGGGAAGUGAGAUAAAGGAGGACAUACAUUCCUGCUCAGCAAAGACAGUAAUUGAUGGCAAUAUGUAUUCUGACACCAAAAUAUGUGACAAUGACAAUCUUCACAUGCUCAUAAGGCAAGACUCUCUUGAUGCAGAUGAUAGUAAAGAUGAUGCUACCAAUAAACAAUUAACUCCAGAAGAGGAGAUGUUUAAAAUGGCUGCAAAGAUCAAAACAUUUGAGGAGAUGGAACAGGAGGCUAAAAUGAAGAGAGACAAAUCAGAGACAGGCGAUCUCAGAGAGGAUGAACUAGAUCUAAAAUUUGGCCCAGUUAUACAGACUUCCUCACUUGAUACACUAGAGAAGACAUCUGAAAAAUGUGUGAUAGAAAGCACUCACACACUUAGUGAGGCAACAGACAUUAGUGUGAGCAUUAAGGAGGUGGAAAUCAAGUCACAACACAAAACUACUCAAUCAGUUGAUGGCUCAUUGUGUUCAGAAAGUAAGGAGUCUGUGGCACUGUUGGCAGAAAGAGAAGUUGAAAUACACAAAGAUAAAGAAGCUGUAGAAGGUGAACGGUCCUCAGUCACUGACACACAUUUUUCCAGCUGUGUGAGAGAUGAGCACCAUUCAGAUGAUGACAAAGAAGUUGAGUCAUCACUGAUAGAUGGUUCAGGUUCUGUUAGCAAACCUCAGGCUAUAGUGUGCACUAAAGAACUAGAAUAUGUUAUUCCAGGGUUUGAAGGUAAAAAUGAUAUAGUCCUCAGUGCACAGUUUGAGGCUGAAGAACAGAUAAAUCUUUGUCCUGCAGAGGACAGAAAAACACCUGAUAAAUCACCUAUUCAAACACCAGGUGAUGAAAGAACCCCUGAUCCAUUUCAGUUUCAAGAGGGGAAGCUUUUUGAAAUGACCAGAGGGGGAGCUAUUGAUAUGACAAGAAGAAGUUUUGAUGAAGGGGAAGGAUAUGCAUUUUUUCAUAUAGGGGAACAUCCAGUUGAUGAAGUUGUACCAGAGGGGACUGGGGAAGGUCAAACAAAGUCUUUACAUUUAGAGAAAAAUGAUUAUAUUACAGAUACAACCCUUCAAGAGAUCCCCAAAUCAUAUCUGACUCAGGGUGCAAAUGACACAAUUCCUACUCCCAAACCCAGAACAAUCACCAAACCUUUAAGUGACAUAUCAGAGAGUGAAAAGACACUUUCUGAAGCUGAUCUUGGCAGCUCCGUAGAGGUACAGCUUGGUUCCCCCAGUGUUUUGGAGAGACUAACCAACACUCAAAGUGAGGUUGGAAACCUUGAAAGCCUUGGUCUAGGCUAUCUAGAUUCUACUAUAGCUGACCUUCAAUCAGACACAUCCACAGUUGCCCAUUCAGCAUACUCAGAGCAGAGCCAUGAUUCCUCAGACUCCUCUCCUGAUGAUGAUGAUGAUGAGGAUGAAGAUGAAGAAGACCAGUGCUCAGUUAUAGAGAUGUCCAUUUCGGCUGCAGAUGCUGGCAUCCCAGCAUAUCAUCAGGAUUCACCCCCACCUUUGGAUAUAACCAUGAAAGACUCACAGAAAUCUGAGCUUGAUCGGGUUCAAAGAAAAGCAGAAAAAAGCUCAAAUGUGGAUCGUAGGACUAGAUCUGAGGCCAAUAGUGAUAGAAGUAAAGCCUCUAAUAAAGCCAGCAGGAGUUAUUCUGACAGUAGUCAACCCACUGAUGAAUCCAAACUUUCCCUCUCCAAACUUCCUGUCAUGGCGCAACAGAAACCUCCAACUCAAUCAAUCUCCUUCUCCUCUCCCCAAAGGAAUGACAUCCAACUCUCUAAGACAACUAAAACAUCUGUUAGGUCUUCUUUGGAUGCUGAUGAUAUAAGCAGCGCUAGUCACAGAAGUCCAGACUCUGUUAUCUUCACAUAUGACAUCCCAGCCUCACACAGUUCUGAUUCUGAAGGCAACCCGUUGCCAGCUGUGCAACCAUCUUCUGGGAUAGAGCAUGUAUUUGAAUCCAGGCCUGCCUGGGAUGACACGGUGGAAACUCAGAUGCAGAGAAUCGUCGAUGAGCCAACUCCAGAAUGUACGCCAGUGGAUUGGCAGGACGAUGCUGACAGGAAAGAGGAGACAUUAGCUAUCGUUGCAGAUCUUCUUGGCUUCAGCUGGACUGAACUGGCAAGAGAACUGGAGUUCAGUGAGAAUGAUAUCCAAUUAGUAAGAACAGAGAAUCCCAAUUCCCUCCAAGAGCAGAGCCAUGCCUUGCUGCAGCGCUGGGUUGAGCGUGAAGGCAAACAUGCCACAGAGGACUGUAUGAUUAAGAGACUAACCAAGAUCAACCGCAUGGACAUUGUCCAUCUUAUUGAAACCCAGAUGAACAAGUCAGUUCAAGAGCAAACAUCUAGAACUUAUGCAGAGAUAGAGAAGACUCUGGAUCACAGUGAAGUAUCUGUAGCCCUAUCUUCGGUGCAAGAGGAUGCAGACAGCCCCAGAGUUGUGAGAAGGGUGGAGUCAGACCGCAGACCACCCCCAGCUGUUUCUGAAGAGGACCUCUCAGUUGCUUCCCUACUGGAUAUUCCUUCCUGGGCAGAGCCUGUUGGACACACCCACUCAGAGAGCAUGCAUGGUGACCUGUUGGAGGAGCUCGAGAUCCCACAUGAAUUGAACCCUAACUUGUGGAUCUCUGAAGAUGUAAUUACACAAGAACCUACAAGUUACGACAACUCAGAUGAGCAAGUAUCAACAGCAUCUUCCAGGACAAAUCUUUCAGAAUCUUCAAAACAAAUAAGUGGUCAUUUAGGACAGGGCCAGGUCUUUCCAAAUGAGACACACUCCUUGGCACAUGAUUCAAUCACACUUUCCACUGAAAAACUAGAAUUACCACUUCCAGGUACCUUUGACCUAAGUAAAACACAAUCUAAAAUCAGACUGACCAAUCAAAGUAGCUCACCACAGGAAAAGGAUGAAAAGCUGUCAUUCCCCAAGCAAAGUGAAAAUUCUGGCUUAGCUAAACCAAGCUCAGCGACCCCAGACUCACUCUGUCAAAUAGCUCAAGAAAGUCCGGAUGACCAAAUGUUCAUGUCCUUAGAUUCCAUUCCAACACAACCAGAGUCUGGGUCCCCUCAGCUUGAACAGCUGCUGUCAGAUCUGGAGGAGAUGAAACUUGCAUUUAGCCCAGAGACACUUGACCCUAUUUUGUCAGAAUUCAGUGAUGAAAGCCCUGAAGUUGAACAAAUUAAGUUUGAAGACCUUUCACCUGAAGACCAAUGCCAUACAGAAGAUAUUGAUACCCUGAGAGUCGGUGUGUUAUCUAUUGUACAGCUUGCAGAAGAUACUAACCACACUGAUGUAGCAGUCACAGAGCAUACACAUUUCCAGACAUCCAUUCAAGAUGAACCUGAACUAAUCUCAGACACUCCUGAUUUAACAAAAACCUCUGAGACAAGUGUACCAUCAAGCCUUGGUUGUCAUAAAGAUAGUCCUGUAUCCCCUACUGAGUCCCUUCCAACUCCAGAAUCUUCCCAGGGAUUUGGGGAAGUGAUGGAACCACUGAACUCAGGUCUUCCUAUCGAUAUAUUUCAGUUCAGCUCAUUUUCUUUAGUGUCUUCCCCCAAAGUAGCUGCAAAGAGUCCGUCUAAGAUACCUGAGGAACAUGUGGCUAAUCUUCGUGGGCAAGAUUAUACAACUAACUUUCUUAAAAGUCAAGAAGAACUUGAAUCAGCUACACAAGAAAUAUCAACACAAAGUAUCCAAGAUCAACCUCUCCAUUUAUGGGAGGCAACUUUUGUUGAAGCCAUUCAGAGUGAAGAUGUCUCUUCUCUUUCUGAUUUGACUCCGGAGACAGUUACAUCUGCAAGACAUUUUAGCUUUGAUGAACUGAUGCCAUACCCCUCCCCAGGAAACUUUGAGACAUCCUCAGAUGAGGAUAGGCCAAGGACCAGUGGACGGAAUUCAGAAGAAUCUCUUACUUCAGUAGACUCUGAGGGUUUUGCCUCUCAGCCCACUCCAGUCAAACCCAAAGCAGAGGUGACUUCAUCAACCUCUGAUGAGGAGUACACCAUCCCACCUGGGUAUUCAGAGAUCUCUUCUACCACAACCAUCUAUACCCGCAUGCCUCCAGAAUACAAAGAAGUUGUGCAUAGUGGUGUAGACAGCCCAACGUUUGAAUACUCUGACCCAGAGCCUUACUUUGACUCCAUACAGGCUGCAUCAGAUUUCUCAGAGACUGAGCCUGAUGAACCUGAGACAAGUACCAGGUCAAAUGGAGAUCAGCCCCAGGAUCAUCUUAGCCAUCCUAGAGUGCUAGAAAGGGGGAAUCGAAGAGUCCUGUUGUCCUCUGGAAGUGAAGAUUAUGAGGAUGCUCCGUUUGUCCAUGAGCCUCUUUAUAAUGUACAAGAAGAAAAUGAAGAAUUAUUACACUAUUCAGAAGCAUCGGAUGAAGAAUUCACCAUGUGUGAGACUUCACAACCGCCUCCUCCCUGUGACAUUGGGGCAUUUGAUGAUACUGACAAAUCUCUGACAAGGGAGAUCACCGCAGAGCUCGGAUCAAUGUCAGAAAGUUCAGAUGAUGAAUUUUUGACCACCAGAAUAGUGCGAAGGAGAGUUUUCAUUCAGGCUGAUGAAAUGCCUGACCUCCCCACUCAGUCAGUGACGGAAGAAAAGUACAAGGAUGAAAAUGGACACAUUGUUGUCAAAAAGGUUACGCGUAAAAUUAUUCGCAAGUGCGUUUCGGCGGAUGGUGUGGAGCGUGAAGAGGUGUCAUUAGAAGGAGCUCCCCAGGGGUCCAUCAGUAUGGCAGAGGGAGAUGGAUACUCUAAGGUGGUGAAGCGGACUGUACUGAAGAGUGAGGGAGACCACACAGAGGUAACAUUUGCUGAAUGUGAGGGUUUUUCAGCAUCAAGUCAGGAGACAGCUGAAGGUUGUAAGGUCAGUCGUGUAGAACGGACGGCAGUGGUGGAGGGUGAAAGGACAAUGACUCACUGGGGUGAUCCGUCUUUGGCUUCUGACCUCCCUUCAGCCCAAGACGACUUCAAACAGGCACUAGGUUAUAUAAGUGGUUCUAGCAGAACAGAGCUCCCUCAUGUGGUAGAGAGAGAGACUGUCAGAGAAGAUGGAACUGUGGUCAGGAGGGCCCACAUGCGUAAAGGUUGCACACACAGACGAACAGUGGUGAAGGAGGCUGGGCAGCGCAAACAGGUCCUUCUACAACAAGUGGAGAACCCCAGAAAAGGGUCAAAACCACGUGACCUCCAGCAGCAUCUCCAGCAACUCUUUCAUCGCUACUACAAAGAAGAAAAGGAGGACGAUGAGGACGAAGAAGAGGAGGAGGAAGAGUAGAAGAAUGUGUAACACUCUCCCCCACUCCCUGGCUCUGCCACUGCUAAAGCCCCCCCUAAUCCUAUGCAUUAGCCACAUGCAAUCCCAUUGUGCACCACAGCACCUCAAAGCUACCACCGUCUUCCUGUUUAAGUCCUGGAAGAUGACCUUUCGUUCAUUCUUUUGUUUUCUUUCCUGGCUGGUAUAAUGUAUUCAUGAUUUUCUUUUCAUGUUCUGAUGUUGUUUUGCCUUUUUGUGACCAAAGAAAGCCUUCUGUUGUUUUCCUGAUUCAUUUUUAUUUCCCAUGUCCGAAUUGAUGUUUUUGUCUUGAUGCUGUGGUAGAGCAACAAAUAAAACAGGUAAAUACUAUUCACAUUAACUAACUCACAAACCUCCUGAUGGUAAAGAACACUUUACCUGCAAAAUACUGGUACUACUCUCUUAGUAGGCACUUGGACUGAAAGACAGUAUCUCUCACACUGCACUGCCUCUCACAACCAGAGUUUCUCAGAUAUUCCUUACUUAAAAACUGUCUCACUCACUGUACUAGCCUCUCUGCUCUUUUGAUUCAUGUGGUCAAGAUGUCACACAGAGAAAACCAGACUGUAUCGACACUAAAUCGAACUGCUGCUGCUGUGUUUUGUGUAGGCUAUGUGUAAUCUGUUUUUGGAAAUUAUAUAUUAUCUAUAAUCUAGACAUUUCUGACAUCAGUAACCUAGGAAUGAAUAAUCACUCAUGUGACGUAGAGCAGGCAUGACUAAUCAACAUUUGUCAUCAUGAUCCCAGCUUUGUCCUCUUUGUAGUUCUAUGGAUUGCCCUUCUGCCUCUAUUUCCCUUCUGUAUGUGUCUUUCUUUCCUUGUUGUUAUGUUUAAUUUAGUUCAGUUUUAGGGGCUUUUCUCUUACAUUGUUGCUGUUGACUCAUACUGUAAGAAUGGUGAAUGUGUGAGUGAGAUGGUAUAGAACUAUUACAAGCUGAUUUUAAACUUUUUCUGAAGA